AUGAGCUCCAAAGACUUCCUCCUUAUCCUGAUGCCCUGGACACCGGACCCGGCCUGGGUUGCCAGUCUCGGAAUGCCGGUUGAGUCCCGCAAGAUCGGUAUGUACCAAACAGAACUACCGAGCGACAUCAGCCCGGAGACAUGGGCCAAGGUGACUAUCCUUUUCACGUGGAAGUUAUUCCCAACCAAAGAGAUGGUGCCGAAUUUGAAAUACUGCCAGCUUCUCAGCGCUGGGUGCAACCAGAUCCUGGGACUGCCGCUCUUUGAAGAGACAGCCAUCGACUUUUGCACGUCAAAUGGAACGCACCCACCUCAGAUUGCGGAAUGGGUCUUCUCGACUUUCCUGGCUUUCCAACAUCACAGUAGACCUACUAAGAAGCUAUUCAUGCCGACAGCUGCUAAUUCGUUCCAAGUUCCGGAAUACCUUGACAACCAAAAAGAGUCUAAAUGGAUCGACCCUCCGUCGGAUGAAGACACCGAGGAUUCGGUGGGUCUGCGAGUAGGAAUCCUCGGCUACGGCUGCGUCGGUCGCCAAGUCGCCCAUGUAGCCAAAGCUUUUGGGAUGAGCGUCCACGCUUACACCCUGCAUCCACGCCUCACGCCCGAGUCCCGCAAAGACGACUCCUUCACAGAGCCAGGCCUGGGAGACCCUAAUGGCGAGUAUCCAUCAAAGUGGUUCUAUGGCAAAGAUCAGCUAGACGAUUUUCUCGCCUCGGAUCUUGAUCUGCUGGUCAUCACGCUGCCCUUGACGGACCAGACCAAGGGGAUGAUCUCUCGCGAGCAGUUCCAAUUGUUGAGCAAGAAGAAGACUUACGUUUCUAAUGCCGGAAGAGGCGCCGUGAUCAACACCGAAGAUCUUGUUCAUGCGCUUGAUGAGGGUCUCAUCAGAGGCGCAGCGCUGGAUGUCACUGAUCCGGAGCCGCUUCCUGCUGAGCAUAAGUUGUGGACGUACAAGAAUGUCAUCAUCACACCUCACUGUGCUGGGAACUCAAAUCAUUACUAUGAGAGAGUGCGAAAGAUACUCGUCUACAACCUGGAGAGACGCGCCAAGGGCCAGAAGCUUGUCAACAUUGUGAGCCGGUCAGAGAGAUACUAG